AAUAGGGUGCUGAUGUGGGAGCAUUUCUGGAUGCAAUGAAGAGGACGAGUCCUGGGAGAUGUGGUUUUGGGGGGGUAUUUCAGGAUGGGGAACUAUGGGAGGAGAUACGCCACCCUGAUGAGUGGUUAAGCCAGGUACUGAACUGUGGUGCUAUCCCUGAGAGAAGUAAGGAGACGUGGUUAUGGGGAAGGAUCUGACCUCACUGGAGAACUACUACUGGAGGAAUUCAGGAGUGGAGUGCACUACUCUGAGGAGGGAUGAUAUUAAAGAGUCCUUGUCAGGGAGGAAUUCUAGGGGUGGUACUGAUGUGGAGACAGAAGUACUGAAGGAUGUGUCUACAGGACUCAGUGUGGGGAGCACUACUUUGGGAGUGACUGUCCUAAGAGGUAGUUAUGCUGGAGGGUGGGAUUGGCGCUGUUACGCAGAGGUGCUUCAACAGUGGGGCACUGUGCCCUUUAGGAGUACAGAGGAGGAGCCCUGUCCCUCUAAGCAUUGUUAUUUCGAGAGGGAGCUAUAUUUGGGGUGACGAGCCCCCAACCUCAGGUCCCAGAGCCGCAAUGGAUCGGACAAAGUCGAAAGCUCAGAAAAACUCCCCAUCGGGAAAUGCCAAGAAGAAACAUGAGCAACUAAAACGUAUGGAAGCCAAAAGCCAGGGCGCUACCUCAGAUGAAGCGCGAUGAGCUGCAGGUGUCACACUUGAGGCACGGGCUGGAGCCCCUUCGACGCUUAGAGGUACCACAAGGGCUGGUGGCAGCUACACAGGAUGCAGAAAGGUCACUCUUGGUGCUUUUGGAUAGUCAAAGCCAAGUGCAUCUGCACGCUGAAGAUGGUUGGACCCGUGGCCACAUCCAACUGCCAAUAAAACUCACAGGGCUUGUGGCCCUUGUGGGUUUUCAACACAUGGGCCAGAACUCAGGUCACUUUUUUGGUUGGGGACCCAAAGGAGUAGUAGUAAUGGAUAAGGACCUGCAACUGCUGUCCUUCAACUCCUUGGACCCCUCUCGAAUUCCUGUGUGCUGUGCUUUGUUGCCUGGAAUGGGGAUGGUGGCCACUGGUGAGGUGGGUGGUGGACUGUCAAUCUGGGAGUUCCGAGGUGGUGGCCAUCGUCUAGUACUGAAAAAUUCUGUACCACCUCUCCCACACCCGCCACAAUCUGGCCCCCAUGCUCUCAGCCGCAUAGCUCUAGACACGGCCCCCCAUGGGAUCUUUCCCCACUGCUUCGCCAUCAGUGGCACAGACCUGAUCGUUUUCGACCUGGGUACCUGCUCAGUUGUGGAGGUGCGCCGGAAGCUGCACAAAACGGUAAUGUCGGAUGUGGUGUACUGUGAAGCUGCAGAGGCUGUGGUGACAGGCUCCCGGGACAGCACUGUGAAGGUGUGGGAGGCUGACUGGCAAAUCCGUAGCGUUUUUGUGGGGCACAGAGGUCCAGUGACAGCUUUGGCCGUGCUACCCGGCACAUCGCUGCUGCUAUCAGCCUCCCAGGACCUGACUCUGCGCACUUGGAACCUGGAGGUGGCACAGCAAGUGGGUGAAGUAUCUUUUCGGAGUCAGUCGGAGGCCUCGAGGUUGUCCCAAAAGGACCAGAAGGAGAUGCCCACCUUCUCUUGCAACAACUCUGAGAAUGUAUACUACCUGUGGCCCCCUUCCCACCCUGGUGCUCCCCUGCUGGCGCAGGGCUUGGUGUUCGCGGAGCUAUGGCUAGUGCGAGAGCUUCACCAUAUGGUGGCAACCUUUAGCUGCAAUGUGAAGGACCUGCAGCUGGUGCCUCUGCCACAGCAGGCUGACCAUGAUAUUCUGCCUCGCCGCUUGGUGGGCACGUGCUCAGAUGGGACCGUGAGGAUCCUCACUCCCGAUGGGCAGGUGAUCACCACCAUGCUACUGCAGCCCCCAAAUGAAGCUAUUGCCACAGCCUAUUGUAUGCCUCGAGAGGUCCUGCUGGUGCUGACCAACAAAGGGGUAGUGCUGCGGGGCAACGCAACCCGCUGCCCCAUCUCAGUGGUGCAUCGUUUUCAACCACCUGAGCUGCCAAAAGGCCAACCCUGCUGUCUCCAUCUAAUUAGCCAUGUUCCUGACCUAAUCCAUGCCAACAUGACCUGGGAAAAGACUCAGCAAUAUGGCGGGGAGGUCCAAAGGAAUGACUUCUUUGGUACCAUUUGGGAAGACAAAAACAGGUUCCUACCAGUGUUGGGCUACACAGAUGGAAUGAUAACGGUCUUCGACUGGCAUACUUUUCGGAGGCUCUUUCACGCAGAAGCCCACAACCCAGGCUCCGUGACUAUCAUUGCUUCCAAUUUGCAGACUCUGGUGACUGCCGGCACAGACAUGACUAUAAAGAUGUGGCGGAUAUAUCCUUACUCUGAAGAGAGCCUGACCUUGCUCCGGACAUUUUUCUGCCACCAGCCAGCUGUGGCACUAUGCCCCGUGAUUAAUCGUCUCACUGUGGCCUUUGAGGACCCCCAGAGGGCCAUCUACAGCCUGGUGCAGUAUACUUCAUCUGACAGCGACCAGUCACGCUAUGACCAUCACCCCCAGGAUGACUCCACAGACCACAUCACAGGCUUGUGCUGCUGCUCUUACUUGAAGCUCUACGCCUCCUCCAGCCUGGAUUGCACUUUGAGAAUCUGGACUGAGGACAAUAAAUUGCUCAGGGUGCUACAUCUGACCACGCCUCCAGAAUCCAUAACCUUCUGCAAUGACAAGGGGGAUCUGAUUCUUGCUCUUGGCUCACAGCUUCACCUGCUCUCCCACAGACUCUAUCUGCCCACGUCUUAUCUAGUCAAGGUCCUGUGUCGGAAAGAACCAUUCUGUAAGCCAGAAAUCAUCCUACCACUGACAAAUCCUGAACUGCUGACUCCUGAAGACCUGAAAAGACUUGAAGGAUUGGCACUCCCUACUAUGGGGAUGAAGGCGAGUGUUAAGAAGGAGUAUGUGGAAGCAAGGAACAAGCAAAGAGAGAUAGAUAAGGCCUGUGCCAAGUUGGCUGCCAGGGAUGAGGAGUUGCAGACUUUGGCCUUUGGACGAAUGGAACCCUUGGCCCAUAUGUUCGUCACUCCCGAACUGCGUUUAGAGGCCUUCCACAGUUACUUACAGGUCAUCUAUGGCAACCAAUUGGACAGUGUGAGCAAAGAGGAGGAUGAGGCUUUGAAAAACCCUUCCACAUCUGAGGAGAAGCCUCCUGUGACCUCGCUUGUGACUAAGAGCUCCCUAUAUGAGAAGUUGGAGCAGGACAUAGAUUCCAUGUUCAUGAAUGGAGUGACUCCUGCAAAGAACGUCAGAAUUCGUAGAAGGAUCCAAAAGCGGAGCCAAGUCCCACUGACUGAGAGGAUUCUGCUUCCUAGCAUAGAAUGCAAUGGCUUCUUCCCCUCCCACAUGACUCAGCCCCGACCCCCUUCCACCCCGAGCAAGUGGAAGCUUCAAAGUAUCCAGUUCCCAGGUUAUAUCCCUAAUUCAGUGACAUUACAACAACUAUGGGAUAAAUCAGAUUUGAAGGGGCUUGGGCACCUUGAAUUCCUGAAGUCAGAGAGCCUCGAAAUCUUUGAGCGUGAACUGGACUCAAUAUGGCUUCCAUGGGGCACGAGUAAGAAGAAAGAGCGAGCCUGGAUGAAGAGAGCCUUGGGCUUGGGCUCCAGCUUCAAGUAUCCUGAGGAACGUACAACGAAGAAGCCACUGAAAUUCUUUCCUAGGUAUUUGUUCUCUGAAGAUCAAGAAGAGCUUUAUGAGGAUGAUCUGCUGUCUGAGGAAUUUAUGACUCCGGAAUUCCGAGCCCAUCUAGAAUACCUCUUUGGUUCUACUGAUCCUGAUAUAUGGAACAAAAUCUCAGCUACUAUGCCCACUGCACUUGCUAAGGAAUUGCCUAAGUUUCUCUAUUCUUUGUCGGUCCAACCAUGGUUCCAGAAACUUUUCCCCAAUUACAAGCCUGAGCUCUCUCAGGAUUCGGUGGAGUUUUUCUUGUUGAUGCACGACUGGUUCCAGCAAUUUUUUCCCAAUUUCAGGCCUGAGGAGUUCCAGGCUUCUGUCAUCCCUUUAUUGACUCAAGAGUGGUUCCUGAAAUAUUUUAUCAGUUUUAAUCCUGAGGAAUUUACCACCUCUGAAAUCCCUUGGUUGGCUCAAGAAUGGUUCCAGGAUUUUUUUACCAAUUUCCAACCUGAGCUCACUCAGGAUUUGAUUGGCUCUGGAGCUUCUGUGUUGUUGACUCAAGAGUGGUUCCACAAAUAUUUUCCCAGAUUCAAGUCUGAGGAAUUGCCUGGCUCUCAGGCCCCUUUGUUGUCUCAAGAGUGGCUUCAGAAAUACUUUUACAAUUACAACCCUAAGGAAUUGUCUGGCGUUUAUACUUCUAUGUUGAUUCAAGAGUGGUUCCAGAGCAAUUUUCCCAAUUUGAAGUUUGAGGAUCUGCCCAGCUUUAUCAUCCCUUUGUUGUCUCAAGCGUGGUUCAAGAAAUAUUUAACCAGUUUCAGGCCUGAGGAAUGCCCAGAGAGCUUCACAGAGGAGGGCAUAGCUAGAAUGCUGCUGCAGGCCCUGGAGAAAGCUGACUGGGAGGAAGGGACCAAGAUUUUAUCGCUGCUUUCGGAUCUGAUACCCAAGCUGGGACACGAUACACGAAAGCAGUUGCAAGCCUUGCUAUUGAAACUUCUCAACAAAGAUCCUCCCCCAGAUCUUGUGCACAAGAUAGAGAAGAAAUUUGUGAUGAUGGCCCUGCAGAUGCUCAUGGUUGUCUCCCUGGGCUCCCGGGACGUGGUCCUGGAACUCAUGUCCUACUUCCUCUACUCACCCCCUCGAUGCAGACCUGCACUGAAGAAACUCCUAGAACAAAUGGGCCUGAAGGAUCCUCAUGGUUUCCUGUUCAAGGAAAUGAUUUCUUGGGCAGAAGGAAAAAAUCUACACUCCAAGGCAGCUCUAAGAGGGCGCUGUGGGCAAAAGCUGGAAUGUCUAAUUAAGGACCUUAAGAGGGACAUGGAUAGAUCCGUGGAUUAUGACCAAGGGAAGAGAAAGCGGAAGACUUCCGCCUGGUACCAGGAGAAGCUAAACUUGACAGAAUUGCCUGAAUUCGGCCCUGAAGAGCCCCAACUCAAGCCCCCACAAUCUCCCACCUCUGCCCUCUUAAAGGCCAAGAGCCCUAUCCCACCCAAAACCCCAGUCAUGACCUGGAGGCCACGGGGCUCCACCACAGUGAAACCCAAGGAGAUCCCCAGGCGAUCUCCCAGGGAUAUGCCCUCCAGGCUCUCCAUCUCAACCCGUCCCUCCCCGCAGCCUCAACCGCCACCUCCUUUAGGGCCAGAGCCAAUCCUCAAAGUCUCCCCAGAAUUCCCUAGACCCGGCUCUGCCGAUCAAAUUCGCCUGCGAAGGACAAAGUCUGAGCCCCAGUGGUAUUCUUCAAUCUUUGAAAAGUCUUUGCCCCUCAAAGCCCCUGAAAAGCCUUUGGGCCGCAGCCUCUCGGCGCCCGCCUUGUUAGGUCCAGCCUGGGCUCCAUUUGGCGAGAAGUCAGUUCGGUUUGCCUUCAAGGCCCAAAGGCGGGAGCCCCAGCCCUCUCCGAUUCGUAAGGAUACCUGGAUCUCACCUAUAGAUGCUCUCAACUACUUCUGUGAGCAGCGGCUCAAAAGGCAUCUGACCCGGCUCCAGUUGCAGAAAGCCUUACAAGAGUGCAAGCCGAACAGUAUUAUCCUGCAGCCCCUGGAUAUCUUAUCCACCUUUCACUCUAUUGAAAGCAGAAAAAUCCUUCGACUUCAGGAGCAUAAAGAUACCUUGGGAGUCCUGGAUGCUCCUAGGAUGAUAAAUUACCAGAGAAGCCGAUAUGGGCAGAACCUCCUGAAACGGCGUUUGAAGCUCCCCCUGCCCCGGGUGGAACCAAUUCCCUUCCCACCAAUCUGGCCACCUCCAUCCCGUCCGCAACCUCCCUUGCUCCUGGAUGAGGCCUUGCAGCGCUUUUUUCUACCUGAACUUUCACAGCCUGACUCUGACUUUGGAUGAGCCCAUCUGGGCCUUUGACAACCCCCCACCCUCUACCCCAAAUCCAACUACAGAUCUAUCCCUGGCCAGACCCAGCUCAAUCUGGCUCAGCCUGGGCCACUCAGAUGAACCCUGAUUGUGGAUAGACAUGGCUAUUGACUGGCCAGUCCAGACCUAGCCAUAGACAGAACCUCAAACUCUAGUUGGCCCAGACAUAAGAGACUCUUAUCCCAAGAACCACUAUAGGCAUAGGCAAAUAGUAUUCACAAUAGAAUAGAAUAAAGAGAGGAUACUUUUACCUGACACAGACCCACUGGGACAUUGACUUCAACUCUACCUUACACUGGAUUAGGACUAACUGAUGUCCUGGGAUGGGCCACCAUCCUGAAGGCUGGGAUGAGAGUAGGGGGAAGUGGACUAGGAGGAUGGAUGAAACCAAGGUGCUAGGUACAAUCAAAGAUUUAGACCUAGAAGGGACCUUAAAAGAAAACUGAAGCCCCAGAAGGAAAUUUACCUCCUCUCCUAGAAGGGAAGUGGCUUGCCCCAGACCCUAAGACCAGAGGCAGAGCUAGAAAUGAGGUAUUCUGACCCCCAAAUGCAGUGCUUUCCCUAACACAGCACAUUGCAAAUCAUCUGAAUAUAGAAUCUCAGAAUCUCAGAGUUAGAUGGGACCUCAAAGACCACCUAGACCAAUUUAAGAUUGAGUCAGAAUUUCCCCCACAUCCCACCCAACCAUUGGUCAUGCAGCCUCUGUUUGAAAGUCUCCAGAGGUGGGGAACCUCCAUAGUAUCUCAUUCUACUUUGGGUCCAUUAUCAUUAGAAAGGUUUUCCUUAUGUCAAGUCUAAAGUUAUCUCUUGGCAACUGUCAUUGCUCUUAGUUCUAUCCUCUGGGACAAAACAGAGAAAGUCUAAUUAAUCCCUCUUCUGAUAUGGCAGCUCUUCAAAGAUUCCAGAGCUACUUGACUUCUUAAGAUUUAAGACUUCUUGAGACUCAUCUAGUUCCUUCAAAUGAUCUUUACAAGUCUACAGAGUACACAGAGAGACAUUUUUUGUCUUGGGCCUCAUUCCAACAAGUCUACCUAUGAGGCUAAACUUGCCUCCUAUGGAAGAAGCUCUUUUUUUUUUUAUGUUAGAGAUAAUUUAUAUUUAGUGCAUUUAUGUAAAGCUCUAGACUCACUCUCCCAAAGCCAGACUAGUUACAUUUCUCCCUCAGGUUUCCAGUUUGAGUCCCCCAUUCUGCUGUUCCUCCUCCCUGCCUUCCACCUGUGAAGUUAUAGAUUAGAAGUACCUACCACCUGAAGGACACUCUCUCCCCUCUACCACCUCGGUCCUUAAAGAAAGCAGGCUCAACCCUAAUGUAGUUUCCACUUAGCAUUUGCUCUAUCAAGUUCCUGUCCAAAUGUAGCAUAUCUGCUAGACGAGUUAGAAUCUCAGCUACCUGUGAGAGGGGUCCCUAAAGUCAUUCCUAAAUGCUGUACUGGCUGGCUAAAAAAAUCAUCAUGGACUUCACUCUCAGAACUCCAUAACUUUUAUGUCUAUUCAUCAAGCUAGACACUAUGAAGAGUAAUUGCAAUGACAGAAAAAUAUUAGUAGUAAGGAUUCCAGAAAUUCAGAGGAGACAAAAAUCUAAGAAAGGAACAGGUAAAAACCCAAACAAACAAACCCCUCUGGCUUUAGAUGAUUUAUAUACAGAACAGGAGGCUGAUCCAGUCUCCUAACCUUUUAGAAACUUACAAGGUUGUAACCAUCUUUAAUCCACUUCACUUAAAGCAGGGUGGUAAGCUUGGUGUAGAUACAAAGACCCAUUGCCUCUCUCCCCACCAAAGCCUUAGUCUUUGCCUUUUCAUUUGAGCAUUCUAGGCAGGAAAAACCCAUACCAAACAAGGGACAGACCUUGGCCAACUGGUACCUUUUGAAUGAACCCUAGGGUUCCAGCUAAGCUGCUGAUAAAAAAGAGAAAGCUCUUUAUUACAGGGUUAACAGAAUAGAACCAGUUUCAGAAUGAAACUCUUCAGAAUAGGAGAUAAAGUACUUCUAUUCUGUUAUACACAGAAUAGAAGGCUGAUCCUGUCUUCCCAUCCUCUUCCUCUUAGAAAACUGGAUCACCUGUUAUGGAUAGAAAUCAUUUAAAGCCAGAGGGUUUUUUUUAAAUCUGUUCUUUUCUUAGAUUUUUGUCUCUCAAUUUCUGGAAUCCCUACUACUGAUCUUUUUCUGCCAUUAAAAUUACUCUUCCUAGUGUCUAGCCUGAUGAAUCGACACAAGCAGUUCUCUAUUUCUCUUUAUCCUUUCAGUUAAAAAUCAUCCUCAGAUUUGUAAGACACCAGAAAACAUAUUCUUGUCAACCCUUGAUAAGUGCAUUUCAUCUCUGAUCAGGAGCCUAUCAUUCCUAUAUUUAAGCUGUGAUCCAGAAAGCCAAAUCUCAUUCCCAAACACCACUUACUUCACUAGCUGUUUACUUCCCAAUUAUUCUUAAUUUUCUGAAUCCUCUCUGAUAGGCAGUAGUGAUGAAAACCUCUUUUGUCCUAAGGUCUAUAAGUUUCUUGCCUAGGUUUUAUAGUUGAACAAUCCAGCUUUAAAGAUAAGGAAACAAAUGCCCAGAGACAUGAAAUUAUGUGUCCCAAAUUACCCAAUAAACAGAAGCCCUAAGAUUUGAAUCCAGGCCUUUGGGCUAUAAAUCUUGAGGCUCCAUUAUUCUACACUGCCCCAUAUUCUCUGAGGUUACACUGUGGUUCCAUUGCAUUUGUUUUAGAAAAAGGUUAUGAUUAAGCAAAAAACAAACAAACCACACAUACACACAAACACAUGAAAGAAAUGGUGAUGAAAUGCUAAUAAUACAAAUUAAAGUCCUAACAUUAGGAGAGUCCCAUAUUUUGAGCUUCAAGGGAGCACCUCUGAGUACCUACUACAUGCUAAAAGAUAAAUUCAGCUUCACACUUUCCAGAGCUUUUUUGCUAAUCUCUAAUUUAGCCCUUUGGGUCCCAUCUUCCUCUGUGGUCAGACCAAUUUUGCUAAUUAAUGAUUCUGGCUUUGUUGAUUUGGCCAAUAUUCAGAUAGACAAUGUAGUCUCAUCGUUAAUAGCACUGGUCCCCAGAAUUCUCCAGCAAAGCCAGCUCUAAAAGUCAAGAGAUUUGGGGAUAUGAACCAUAAAGCCUAUCAAUCAAUUGCAGUCCCAAACCACAAAAUCUCAGGAGAUCUGGUAAAGAAGGGACUGAUGAAAGCCUUCUGCAGAAAGGAUGAUGGAACUUAGACGUGUGGGACUAGUAAAGGCAGAGAACAAGUUCUAUUAGAGUGGCCUUUCAGUAUCUCCCCAAAUUGGGUGUCCCACCUACCCAUUAUCACCUACUGAGGGAAAUAGACUGUCCAGAGCUAAGGAUUUAAGAGAACAGAAAAUAGGUAGCAAGUCUUGGGAUUUAGUUCAUUUGAAUAAAUCAACAAAGAAUAAAACAAUCUCUGCUUAGAAAGAGCUCAUAGUCUAAAGGAGUGGGGUGGGGGGAGAAAGUAGAACAGAGAAUUAAAUGCAUAAUAGGGAUCAAAUACAUGUCUUCCUACCAAGAUGGCUACUGAAUAGGAGGCACAACUCUCAGUUCUUACUGCAGUAAAAUUCUGAAAAUUCAUUCCAGACUAAAUAAGGAUCAAGAAACCUAAUGAGAAACUAUAGUAAAUUCUUCUACUCCAAAGCUGCUCAAUAAAAGGUCAUACAGAAGUGCAUAGGUAAUAAUUGGAAAGGAACAGCUUACACAAAGUACCAGCAUGCCUGGAAAUGGCGCAUAGUUUGUAAGGAUCUGUGACCGGAGGCAGCAAGAGCAGAGGGCUCUCCUUAGAGAGAACCAGAGUGGUCAAAAAGUCUUAGAAUGAGGACCUUGGAAACCCCAAAGCUUAUAAUGCACAGUGCUCCAAUGGGGACAGUCCAAAUUCAGGGACUUUAGAGUCUCUACCAUUCUAACUUGAGAUGCCAGAAGGAGCCCUAAAGAUCCAGCUCUCUGAAUCACAACUGUCAAAUGAGAGCCUAAUCUUGAGAGGUAGAGGUCAGUUCAGGAACUAGGGGGCCUCCGUGAGGCUAUGCAGGGAAACAGCCAUAUAUGAAAAUGUAGCAGGAGUAAAGUCUGGCCCUCAUUCAAAGACUUAAUUAAGGAAUUAAUAUUGGAGGGAUGAGUAAAUAAAAGAAAAUACUAUCCAGGGUAGAAAAUUGUUGCAAAUCUAACUUCAUAACAACUGCAAGCAGAAAAUCAAAGGGAAAAAAUGGACUUUCACAUGAACAAAAUGAAGCAAGAGUUCUACAAAUAAAAUAAAAGCAGUUGGGGAAAAGAAUUGGCAGAAGAAAUAACUUAGAAGAGAAAGUAGUAAACCUUUUUCACGAAAUAGAAUCUUUGAAAAUCAGAAUAGGUCAAAUAGAAAUCAAUGACUUCAUGGGGUGGUUGGUGCUUGUCCUUCCUGCUCAAAGAGGAACACAGUGACUAUGUCAGGUCACUACCAAUUGUGGCUGGUCAGACCAGUACAAGCUUAGAAGUCUCUCCGACAUGUCAGACAUGAAUAGUCUGUAUAAAUAUUUGGGGAGGGUGAUGUCUCAAAAUUUGCACCUCACAUUUCUUUUGAGCUAUGCAAUUCUGCUUUGCUCAUAAUCCACAGUGCCUUCUUUGAUGCAGGCACACCAUGCAGAAUGGUCCUGGGCCAGUGUCUCCCAUGCUUCACAUUUGAUACUAAAGUUCUUUAGAGAGACCUUGAAAGUGUCCUUGUAUCACUUUUUUUCUGACCUCUAUGUAAGUGCUUGUCUUGCAUGAGUUCUCCAUAAAAUAGUAAUUUAGGCAAAUAUACGAUUGGCAUUGAACCAGCAUGGCCAACCCAUUGGAGUUGUGCUCUCUGAGCAGAAUGUGAAUGCUUUGUAGUUUAGUUUGAGAAAGGACCUCUAGGUCUGGUAUCUUAUCUUACCAGGCAAUUUUCAGAAUCUUCCCAAGACGAUUCAAAUGGAAGCAAUUCAGUUUCCUGGCAUGGGGUGUACAACAAUGAGGUCAGCACCAUGGCUCUGUACACCUUUACUUUUCUUUCUCACACUCAGCUAGCUUUGGUAAUGCAUGCCUUAACCUCAUCAUCUCUGUGGACAUCCCUGAAAAGUAUUCUGCCAAGGUAGAUGAACUUAUCCACAGCAUUCAAAAUUUCUCCAUUUUCUAUAGGUUCCAUGAAGGUUCCACGUAUGGAUAAUGUGGUUCUGACUGAUGGAAAAAUCUAUGUUUUCUUGGUGUUAAUUGUCAGGCCAAAAUUAGCACAAAUGGCAGAGAAAAGAUCCAUACCGUGUUGUAUCUCAGUUUCAUCAAACCAAUCCUGAUGUUUAUGAGUGUUGAAGACUCAGAUGAAUCAAUGCAAUACUAUAUACCAAAUUCUCGGAAAGUAGCCCACUCCUUUUUGCUCCACUGUUGCCAACCAUCCCACCAAAUCAUUAGCAAACUAUUCCUGCAUGGAUAAGCACUCUAACCUACUGAUAGGACUUUUUCCCCCCUAGGAAAGGGACAAGGUUCUUUAUCAUUCCAGUAACCUAGAACUGUUUACCCUUUCAAUCUUUUUUCAUUGCAUUUUCCCAAUUACACAUGUAAACAAUUUUUAACAUUUAUUUUCUGACAUUUUGCAAACCAAAUUCUUUCCCAUCCUUCCUCUCCUCUCCCUUCCUUGAGGCAGCAAGCAAUAUGUUAUACAUUUGCUGCCAUGCAAUACAUAUUUCCAUAUUUGUCAUGUUGUGAAAAGACAUUACACAUUCAAGAAAAAACUCAUGAAGGAAAUAAAGUGGAAAAUGGAUUGCUUUGAUCUGCAUUCAGACUCUGUCAGUUUCUUCUAUAAUGGUGGACAGCCUUUUUCAUA